AUGACCUCUAUAAACCAUCCUAAUAACUUGUGCCUUGUCACCCUUCCCUUCCCCUCUUCCACCUCCUGCCACUGCCCUGACCAUGUGCCGCCUAGGGAGCUUGACAAGAAAUUUGACAAAAUUCAAAACCUUAAAAACACCUCAAAUAACAACCCUACUAACAUCCUUAAUAACCUCUGCACUGGCCUCGAGACAUUCCUCGGCUUCGACUCUACUUCCAAAGGCUACACUGGCAAAGGCAUUGUCUACUCUGACCUUGACAGACUGUGUGACGGGGUGAUGGGAUUUUUGAGUGGUGUGCUUGAAGGGGUGAAGGAUGACAAUAAUGUUCACCAUUAUGACACAAAUAAUAGAUCUAACGAUAUUCAUGCACUAAUAGGCACUAUAUAUACAUGUAUAGGUAAAGGCCAGAAGGGUCUCCAGACGGCGGUAGCCGAGGUGGUCAACUGGUACGGUACUUACCAAAAUAAUGUUGACAUGAAAACUAAUUAUGUUACUGAUAGACUCACUACAAUAUAUACAGAACACCUAACAAAUCCGCAGAAGGGCUUUAAAAAAGCUCUUGAAUCUUUAAAGAAUGCUAACAACACUACGGCCAAUGAAGUGUCAGCUGCACUGCAUAAGUGCAUUAAGCAGGCCAAAAAAUUAGAAUCAACAACACUCGAAAACACAAUACAAUCCGUGAAAGUUGUUGACCGCGACCUUAAGAAAAGACUCCAAGAGCAUUUCGACAAGGUUGAGAUGUUCGUCAGAGUGUUUGCUGCGUCUGCUCAGAACAAUGAUCUGCUUGACGUGUUGUCAAAGCUUGAUGAGGCGCUGAAACAGUUGCCAGGACACGUCGAAACGCAGAUUAAAACUCAGGGGCACAAUGCUGUGGAGGAGUUUAAGAGCACGAUGGAGGCACUGCAUGGAGAGAUCGCGACUAUGAAACGCGGGGAGUUUGAGGCAUUAAAAGUGUCUGUGGAGAAAGAUCUUUUUGAAGCUUUUGUGGAUGUGCGUAAGGGUAUAGAUAAACUGGAAGAGAAUUAUGGGAAAGUGAUUGUUCCAGGAGUGGAAGGGAUUUUGGGGCAGGCGCGGGAACUUAAGGAGACUAUUAUUGGAGAGAAAGAGAAGUUUGCGUUGCAGGUAAAAGCUUUAAGUGAACAAAUGGCGGCGCUUCAAAAUAUCUACAGAGACAUUACGGCAGAAGUGCCGAAAGAUUUUGAUGCUUAUAACAGCAGAGGCGGUGAUUGGGGUGUAAAUCAGAGUCAUGAGAUCGACGCAUUAAUACAGCAAAUUGAAACAAACGUUAAAACUCAUAUAAGGGAGAUGCUAGGAGAUAUUAGCAGUGAUGUAAA